AUGGGUGCCGACCAACACGUUGAUGUUCUCGUUAUUGGCAUGGGACCUACGGGUCUCGGUGCCGCCAAGCGUCUGCACCAGAUCAACGGCCCUUCGUGGCUGAUUGUCGACUCUGGCGACAAGGCCGGUGGUCUUGCCAGCACCGACGUUACCCCCGAAGGCUUCCUCUACGACGUCGGUGGCCACGUCAUCUUCUCCCACUACAAGUACUUUGACGACUGCAUCGACGAGGCCCUCCCCCAGGACGACGAUUGGUACACUCACCAGCGCAUCUCCUACGUCCGCUACAAGGGCCAGUGGGUUCCGUAUCCCUUCCAGAACAACAUCUCCAUGCUGCCCAAGGAGGACCAGGUCCAGGCCAUCGAGGGCCUCAUUGACGCCUCGCUCGAGGCUCGCGUCGCCACUGGCAAGCCCAAGGACUUUGACGAGUGGAUUCUGCGCUCCAUGGGUAGCGGUCUUGCCGACAUGUUCAUGCGUCCCUACAACUACAAGGUCUGGGCCGUUCCCACCACCAAGAUGCAAUGCGAGUGGCUUGGUGAGCGUGUCGCUGCCCCCGACGUGAAGCUCGUCACCAGCAACGCCAUUCUGGGCAAGGUUGCGGGUAACUGGGGCCCCAACGCCACCUUCCGCUUCCCUGCCCGUGACGGCACCGGAGGUAUCUGGAUCGCCGUUGCCGAGACCAUCCCCAAGGAGAAAAAGCGCUUCGGUGCCCAGGGUGAGGUCACCAAGAUCGACGCCGACAACAAGCGCGUCAGCUUCAAGGACGGCUCCACCAUCAGCUACAACAAGCUCGUCAACACCAUGGCUGUUGACCAGCUGGUUGAGAAGAUGGGUAAUCAGGAGCUCGUCAGCCUGUCCAAGGGUCUCUACUACUCUUCCACCAACGUCAUUGGUGUUGGUAUCCGUGGCGCCCGUCCCGAGCGCAUCGGUGACAAGUGCUGGCUGUACUUCCCCGAGGAUGACUGCCCCUUCUACCGUGCCACCAUCUUCUCCAACUACUCUCCCUACAACCAGCCCGAGGCCAGCGCGAAGCUGCCCACUCUCUACCUCGCCAACGGCGACAAGGCUGCUUCCUCGGAGGCCAAGGAGGGCCCCUACUGGUCCAUCAUGCUCGAGGUUUCCGAGUCUAGCAUGAAGCCUGUUGACCAGGAGACUCUGCUCAAGGACUGCAUCCAGGGACUCAUCAACACGGACAUGAUCCGCCCUGAGGAUGAGAUUGUUUCGACCUACCACCGCCGCUUCGACCACGGCUACCCCACCCCCAGCCUGGAGCGUGAGGGUGUCCUGAAGGAGCUCCUCCCCAAGCUGGAGGCCCAGGACAUUCUGUCGCGCGGCCGCUUCGGCAGCUGGCGCUACGAGGUUGGCAACCAGGACCACUCCUUCAUGCUGGGCGUGGAGGCUGUUGAUGCCAUCCACAACGGAGCGGUUGAACUGACUCUCAACCACCCCAACUUUGUCAACACUCGCAAGAACACCGAGAGACGCCUUGCGCAGAGCUUCAACUACACCAAGGCCAACGGUCUGCCCGUACGCAACUAA